GCACCGCCGCCACACGGGCCCCCAUGGCCCCCAGCGCGCCGCCGCCCUGCCGCGCCGCGGAGCGCGCCGCCCGCUGCCGGCGGCCCUGGAGGCUCCUGGCGCUGGGCCUGCUCUCCGCCUCCUCCGUGCUGGCGGCCGCCCCGGGCGCCGGGGCCAUGAGCAGGGAGGAGAAGCGCCGGCUGGGGAAUCAAGUGCUUGAAAUGUUUGAUCAUGCAUAUAGCAAUUAUAUGGAACACGCGUAUCCCGCUGAUGAACUCAUGCCUUUAACGUGUCGUGGUCGAGUCCGGGGUCAGGAGCCGAGUCGAGGGGACGUGGAUGAUGCCUUGGGAAAGUUUUCGCUGACCUUGAUUGACACCUUGGACACUCUUGUGGUGUUAAAUAAAACCAAGGAGUUUGAAGAGGCUGUAAAAAAAGUCAUAAAGGAUGUUAAUUUAGAUAACGACAUAGUUGUGUCUGUCUUUGAAACCAACAUCAGGGUCCUUGGAGGUCUCCUAGGUGGGCAUUCAGUGGCAAUUAUGCUGAAAGAAAAAGGUGAAUACAUGCAGUGGUACAACGGUGAACUCCUGCACAUGGCAAAGGAGCUGGGCUACAAGCUUUUACCUGCCUUCAACACCACUAGUGGUCUCCCUUACCCAAGGGUUAACUUAAAAUUUGGGGUAAGACAUCCAGAAGCACGAACAGGAACAGAAACUGAUACCUGUACAGCUUGUGCUGGUACCUUGAUCCUUGAGUUUGCAGCUUUAAGCAGAUUCACAGGAACAUCUAUAUUUGAGGAAUAUGCCAGGAAAGCUCUGGAUUUUAUCUGGGAGAAGAGGCAGCGCAGCAGCAACUUAGUGGGUGUCACUAUCAACAUCCACACUGGAGACUGGGUCCGAAAAGAUAGUGGCGUUGGAGCAGGAAUAGAUUCAUAUUAUGAAUAUUUAUUAAAAGCCUAUGUCUUGCUGGGAGAUGACAGUUUCCUGGAGAGGUUUAACACGCACUACGAUGCCAUAAUGAGAUACAUCAGCCAACCACCUCUUCUUCUUGAUGUUCAUAUUCACAAACCAAUGCUAAAUGCUCGGACCUGGAUGGAUUCUCUGCUGGCUUUCUUCCCUGGGUUGCAGGUGUUGAAGGGCGACAUUAGACCUGCAAUUGAAACUCAUGAGAUGCUGUAUCAGGUUAUAAAAAAGCAUAACUUCCUUCCAGAGGCAUUCACAACAGACUUCAGAGUUCACUGGGCACAGCACCCUCUAAGGCCUGAAUUUGCUGAAAGCACUUACUUCUUGUAUAAGGCUACUGGAGACCCUUACUAUCUAGAAGUAGGAAAAACCCUCAUUGAAAACUUGAACAAGUAUGCAAGAGUUCCUUGUGGGUUUGCUGCAAUGAAGGAUGUCCGAACGGGAAGUCACGAAGACAGAAUGGACUCGUUCUUUCUGGCUGAGAUGUUUAAAUACCUGUACCUGCUGUUUGCUGAUAAGGAGGACAUGAUUUUCGACAUUGAAGAUUACAUCUUCACUACAGAAGCUCAUCUAUUGCCACUUUGGCUUUCCACUACAAACCAAACCACCUCCAAAAAAAACACAACCACGGAGUACACAGAGCUGGACGACAGCAACUUCGACUGGACCUGUCCCAACACCCAGAUCCUUUUCCCCAAUGACCCCAUGUUUGCCCAGAGCAUCCGGGAACCUCUGAAAAAUGUGGUGGAUAAGAGCUGUCCCAGGGGCAUUUCCAGAGCAGAAGAGAGUUUGGGAAGUGGACCAAAACCACCGUUGAGAGCCAGAGAUUUCAUGGCCAGUAAUCCUGAGCACUUGGAAAUACUGAAGAAGAUGGGAGUCAGUUUGAUCCAUCUGAAGGAUGGACGAGUGCAAUUAGUGCAGCAUGCAGUGCAAGCAGCGAGUUCCCUGGAUGCCGAGGACGGCUUACGGUUCAUGCAGGAGAUGAUUGAACUCUCCAGUCAGCAGCAGAAGGAGCAGCAGCUCCCUCCUCGUGCUGUGCAGAUCGUUUCCCAUCCCUUCUUUGGCAGGGUGGUCUUGACUGCUGGCCCAGCACAGUUUGGGAUGGACUUAUCCAAACACAAAGCCGGGACAAGAGGAUUUGUUGCAACCAUUAAGCCAUAUAAUGGAUGCUCUGAGAUCACUAAUCCUGAGGCAGUGAAAGACAAAAUUGCUCUGAUGCAGAGAGGCCAAUGUAUGUUUGCUGAAAAAGCACGAAACAUUCAGAAAGCUGGAGCCAUAGGAGGCAUUGUUAUUGAUGACAACGAGGGCAGCAGCAGUGACACAGCUCCUCUUUUCCAAAUGGCCGGGGAUGGAAAGAACACAGAUGAUAUCACAAUUCCCAUGCUCUUCCUCUUCAACAAGGAAGGAAACAUUAUCCUGGAUGCAAUCCGGGAGUACGAGGCUGUGGAGGUGCUCCUGUCUGAUAAAGCAAAAGACAGAGCAACAAUCUUUAAAGGUAAAAUGAUUCCAAACUACAUUAUUGAUAGCAACUUGGAAAUGGAGAAUAUGGACCAGAAAUUAACUGAAAACGAUUCCCAUAAACAGAACUCAGAGGAAGCUGCUUCAGGACCUCAGGAUGUUGGUGCAGCCAGCGAGGAGCCCGAGGAAGGAGAGAGCUCAGAUGUUGCUGACCCUGGUUCUUUAUCUCCUGCUAACGCAGACAGUGCCAGUGUUCCCACUUCCCAUCAGGAUUCCUACGUCCCUGGAACCGAGGAGGCCGGUGCUCCAGAGCCAGCAUGUACAUCAGGGGAUAACCAGCCUCAGGAACAAAAGACUGAGACGGAGGCAGAUUCCAAAGUUAACUGGGAUAAUAAAGUCACACCUAUGGAAUCCAUAUUAGCAGACUGGAACGAAGAUAUAGAAGCAUUUGAAAUGAUGGAAAAGGAUGAGCUAUGACUUGUAAUAGAGUAACUUAUUUGUUAAUAAACAAAUGGAGACCUCUUUGGGUAGGAGUGAGGCCCUGAUAAUCCAAGCAAACAUAUUCAGUAUUGUGAUGAGCAGCCAGGUGUCCCCCCAGGGGGGACACCACGGAGAUCCCGCACGCAAAACUUUGUAUUGUUUUAAUUCCUCCUGGUUACAAAUGGCAACGGUGCAAUCCAAGCCUCUGGGUGGCCCCACAGCUGGGGCUGGAGCCCAGGCAGGGAAGGAGCCCGAUUCCUGCGUCCCAGGCUCCGGGAGGACGCGCUCCCUCGGGGCCCUGGGAAGCAGGAGCCGAGCAGGGUGGGGUGAGAAACCACCGAGGGUUAUCGAUGGCAGCCCCGAGAGCCCCCCCGGUGUCCUGCUGGAGCCCUUCCCAGUUGAAACCCCGGGGUGACAGCAGCAGGGGAAUUGUUGCCAGUUGUCCUGUCUUUAAGGCACAGCUGGGAGCGGUUUGGUUUUGUCCUGACAUAUCAGACCCGCUAGAGUUGCUCAUCACCUCGUUCCACCAGGAACCGGAACGAUGACGUGGGGAGUUUUCCCCCCUGCUCCCGUCCAGACCAAAGGCACUGUGUGAGCAGGUUCCACCAGCCGUGGGGCCCACCAGGAAGAGAUGAGGGAAGGUCAUGCUCGAGGCUGAGGUGAAGUUGAGUCCCAGGUAUUUCCUUUGGCCUCCCAGACUGAAAAACUCCAGUCUGCCCUGAGCUAAGGCGCUGACAUGGAGAGGGCACAGAGCUACAUCAGCCGUAACAAAUCCUUCCUUUUUCUACCAGUUUGACUUCUAACAGCUUGACUUUGUUGUCGUUCUUUUUAUAUGCAACUUCUGUAUGUGUGAUGUUUGAGGCAGGGAGGCCAGUGCCAGUAGGGAAGUGCAACAAUUUGUGCUGUUGGGUCGAUAGUUCAGAGCCCAGGGAUGUUACUCUGGGCUCUGGAGUUUGUUACAGGUAAGUGUGAGUCCUGAUUUGUUAUCCCCCAUUGUGAAAAACUAUUUAAAUAAAAAUGGGGAAGUUUAAACAACCUAGAGACAUUUUUUGACUGUGUCCAAAGAAACUGCCAAAAACUAAUUAACUUGAUUUAUAUAAACUGCUUUUAGUGACUUGUGGUUUAAGGAAUUGUUUUAUAUUAAAGACUAAAUGAACACUGCCUAUAUGCUGCACCAGGCUAAAAAAUGAAGGGUUACAUUCGUGGUUACAAUGGAAUAAACAAAAAAAAAGAAAGCCCCACUCUGAACUGCACCUUUGAUUUUAGCUGGUGAAAUUACAUGUGCUGAAUAUGCAACUGUUAAUUAGCACAGCCAUACUGUAUGUAUUUAUACUCCUGUACAGUGAGCAGAGCAAUCCCAGGCAAUGUUGUAUCCAUGUAUCCAAGCCACACUUGCUUUCAAGGAGUCUCCCAAUGCACAGGCACCUUCUGGGAGCACGGCAGCCCAUCCAGGUAUCAUCCAUAACUUCACGUCUCUAGGGCAGGAGGGAGCUGAGGAGGAGCAGUGAAUAAGUGGCCUUUGAAAUUUUAAAUGUAGUUCUAAUUCCUUUUUGCACAAAAAACUGGAGGUUUGGACUGGUGAGCAGGGCUUGAAGCGGCUGGGGUUUGUUUUUAUUUAUGUUUUUAGUUACAGCAGUUUCUUCAUGUGAAGCAUUUGACCAGGGGAGCCUUGUAAGUGUCCUUGGUUCCCUGGAGCCCUGCAAGUGCCUGGGCUCGAAGGGACCUGACCACAAUCAAACCCAUCAGGUGUUCUCCCCUCGGAUAAUUCCUCUGAUCUGUCAGUGCUCAGUGCCACAAAGGAGCAUUUCUGUUCCCAUGCUCUUUGACAUGGGCAUCAUCUUCAUUCUUUUGGUAGCUCUUUUGGUGACAAUAGUUAUUUUUAUAUCUCAGAGGCCUCUGGUCAAUACAGCAGCUCAAGCUUUUCUUUUUUUUGACUUGCUGAUUUAGCUGUAGAUGUCAAAUUUGAUGAAAAUAUUAACUUCCCUUGCCAUCACCAGCUCCUUUUUAUUUAACUGCUUUCUCCACACCUAUUGCUGAAGCAGCAGACAUUACCUUUUGAGGGAUUUCCAGUGAUCCCAGAGCUCCAUGUGGAUUUGAUGCAGCGUUUUGGGGGUGGCCUACCUCAGAUAUAACUGUUGCCUCCUUCCUUGUGGGUUGGUGUUUUCCUUGUUUCAGUUUCUACUUUCCCGUUGAAACCAUCAUGAGAGCCAUAGCUUUGUUUACAGAACUGAAUCAGGGAAGGUUGACCUUUUGGGAAAGAGGAUGAAAUUUGGAAAGAGUUUUAUUCAGGUUAUUUUUCACUUUGUAUUUCCUUACAAGGACACAGGCUUUAGUUUAAAUUGUUCAUAUCAGCCUGGAAAUAAGUCAGCUUUCUGUUACUGUCAUCUUAAAAAGCAAAAAGAAUGUAUUCAUUAAAAAAAAAAAACACAACCUUUUGGAGAGGGGAGCAGAUACUCUUCCCAAAAUCUUGGAAGCCUGCUCCCUUCCAAAGGAAUGUUGCUAGUACAUCAUUAAUCAGUAACUGCCCUUGUGUAUAGCACUGUACAUUUAUUUGUAUGGGAUUGAACACUGAAGAAUUCAGGAAUCACAGCUGAAACUAGCACUUAUUUUCCAUGCCAUGUGAUUCAGAUCAGCCAAUUAAUUUCUUAUUUGAUCUUAAAGGAAUCUUAAUUGUUUACAUUUAUUUUUUUUUUCUUAAUGAAGUUUCGGAACGAGCCCAGCUUUGGUUCUCCUCCUCCUGCCAGUGCACCUGAACAGGCACCAGUGAGUGUGUGUUGAGAGGUUGAAAAAAUGGGACAUCUUAUGCAACAGGCAUCAGUCAGACCACAGGAAACAAACCAUUCUGUGAAUGAAGCAUUGUACGUUUAGAUUUUAUAAGAUUUUUCGGUUUCUUCUUUUUUUUUUUUUCUUCUUUUUAAGCCAGCCCAAUUUACAGCCGUAUAUUUUCUUAUGAAAGAUGUCUAAUAACAGGUGCUGUAACACUGUUGUUGGGUUUUACUCUCUGGUGAUAAAAGUGUACACAAUAUUUCUAAGGGCAACUAUGUACUGUGAUGUAAAAGCCUGGGCUAAAAUGUACAUAAUCCGUGUACAUAAUUGUGUACUUGAUUAUAACUGCUGAUUGUAAAGAUUUAAUAAAAUGUAAAUAUUCUGGCCAA